AUGACCUCUACUAUUUACACCCUCAUCCACGAAGAUCCCUUAACCUCCACCAUCUACCCCUUGGGCUACAUCACCCUCCCCAUUUAUGAAGCCCUCUGCAAAGUACCCACCAGCAUCAAAGGAGAAAUGGUCGUCAACCAAUCCUCCCGCACCAUAUCCAUCUUCACCCAAGCCACCGAACCCGAACGUACCGCCGCCGUAGCCACAACAUGUGACUACUGGCAUUCCAACAAAACCUUCCAGGUGCUAUCCGGAUGGCGUGAUGAGGUAUAUCCCGUGUAUGGACCCGGAAAUGAAGUUUUGUGGUCUGUGGAGCGAAGUGCUUCGGUAUUGUUUGGGAUCCUGGGUUAUGGUAUUCAUAUGAUGGCAUAUGUACGUUGUCCUGAAGUGAAAUAUGGCAUGAAGUUGUGGGUGCCUAGACGCUCAGCCACUAAACAAACAUAUCCUUCCAUGUUGGAUAACACGGUUGCGGGAGGGAUGGCUACGGGAGAAGAUAAGCUUGAAGCUUUGGUUAGAGAGUGUAUGGAAGAAGCUAGUUUUCCGGAAGAGAUUGUGAGGAAGAAUGUGAAGGAUCAGGGUGCUCUUACAUAUUUCUAUGUAAGAGGCGCUACUGCUGGAGGGGAGACGGGUUUGAUGCAGCCGGAAUGUGAAUACGUUUACGAUUUGGAGCUCCCUGCCGAUAUCAUACCCAAACCAAAUGAUACCGAGGUGGAUCAAUUUUAUUUAUUGACAGUAGAGGAAGUUCAGGAACGCAUGAAAAAUGAUGAGUUCAAAACCAAUUGCGCAAUCGUUCUGUUGGAUUUCUUCAUCAGACAUGGCAUAUUGACACGGGAAAACGAGAGCGAUUUCGAAGAGAUCAACAGCAGGAUUCAUAGGAAGUUGCCAUUUCCAGGACCACACAAUAUUUGA